UCUCCCCCUUUCUGCUUCCACUCCCCAUAUCAUAUGCCCUCGAAGUUAUCGAAUACUUUAUUUAUACUGUCAUUUGAUUUCAUGUCUAUAGUAAAUUAUUCAUUUAUAGGAUACUCGGAAGUUCCUCAAAGGACGCGCGGAGUGUACCUGCCGACGUCACCCUUGAGCAGAAAAAACGGCCUCUUCUUUUCCGCGCGGAGCGCAGUUCGACCUCCUUUCAGCACCGGAAACCGUCCGACGCCUACGACUCCGUGCGUCUCGCUCCUGGGACAAGAUAAAAAAUAAAAACAUUUAACGGACCUUGAUCACGAACAAACCCUUACAAUGAGUUAUUGACUCUCUCAUUUAGUCACAAGUCACCGAACUCCAUGGACGAAAUAUAUCCAUAUUAAAACGUUCUUUAAUUUUUGGGAAUUUCCUUUUUGACUGUUGGGCUAUGUGUGUCGGUUGUUUUACUUCAUACAAUGUGGAUGUUACCUGUGUCCGUGGCCGUGGCUGGAGGAUGAGCGCCGGCGUGGGGGCGACAGGGGACGCGACAGUAACUCAUAAUAUGCAGUCAAGCAUGUAGGGUAGACCAGGCUGAGCCCCCUGAUGAGUUGAGUCCCCCCACCCCUCCUCUCCCAGCGUAGCCAGGUGGGAUGUCCCAGAUGUGUGUCCUCUUAUCUCUGCUCACCCUCUCUGGCUACACCCAGGUCUCCUCGGCUAAAUCUCUGAAGCUCCUGAUGGAACAAUGGACGAGCUACAAGAACCAGUGUUCUCAGAGCAUCGUCACCACGCCUCCCGCCUCAGGACUGGUGUGUAACAGGACGUUUGACCAGUAUGCCUGCUGGCCUGAUGGACUUCCUGGAACAACAGUCAAUGUUUCCUGUCCAUGGUACCUGCCCUGGUACCGCAAAGUCCAGCAGGGUGUGGUGUAUAGAGUGUGCAGUGGGGACGGACGCUGGGCCCCAAAGAACACCAGUGAGUGUGAGCAGGACGACCCAGGACAGGUGAGAGAGCAGCACUAUGGUAGCAUCCUCAGUAAGUUUCGGGCCAUGUACACAGUGGGCUACUCCCUCUCCCUCGGAGCCCUGGUACUGGCUCUGGGCAUCCUGGUCUCAUUCAGGAAGCUUCACUGUAUGAGGAACAACAUCCAUAUGAAUCUGUUUUCCUCCUUCAUCCUGCGUGCUGUCUCCAUCCUGAUUAAAGAUGUCCUGCUAGACUCCCUGUCCGUCCCCCUGGCCCCCGGGGCUGACACCCACCAUCAGACGGUUGCCGGGUGCCGUAUCGCCAUGGUGAUGAUGCAGUACAGCGUCAUCGCCAACAACUAUUGGCUGCUGGUGGAAGGCAUCUACCUGCACAGCCUCCUGGUCAUCACCGUGUUCACUGAGAGAAACUACUUCUGCAUCUACCUGUUUAUCGGCUGGGGUGCUCCUCUGAUAUUCGUGUUGCCGUGGGUGAUAGUCAAAUACCUGUACGAGAAUGAAGAGUGCUGGGAGAGGAACAUCAACAUGGGUUACUGGUGGAUUAUACGUUCUCCCAUCCUGUUAGCUUACCUGAUGAAUUUCUUUAUCUUCAUCCGGAUUAUAAAGAUCCUGAUGUCGAAGCUCAAGGCCCAUCAGAUGAGAUACACAGAUUACAAGUUCAGGCUGGCUAAAUCCACUCUGACCCUCAUCCCUCUGCUGGGUAUUCACGCCAUCCUCUUCACCUUAGUCAUCGAUGAGUCCGUCCCCAAAGGUUCCAAGAUGCGUCUCAUCCGCCUCUUCUACGACCUCCUCUUCAACUCCUUCCAGGGCCUACUGGUGGCCAUCUUGUAUUGUUUCGUCAACAAAGAGGUCCAGUCUGAGAUGUUGAAAAAGUGGAAGAGGUGGAAGCUGGGUAAAGACAUCGAGGAAGAGUACCGUCAUACAUACAGCCACACGGCGCACGUCAAGAGCGGCAGCAUCGUCACCGGCAACCUGGCCGGGGUCCAAGACAACGGCAGCGACCCUAAAGACUCACAGUUAACCCCCAACCCCGACUACGACCCAGAUCCUAACCCUGCCUCAACCUCCAUCACCCCCAAUGAGAGCAGUAGAUUGGUGGGGUCCUGCCACAACAGGACGGAUAAAGCAAAGAGUCAAACCUCCCUGCAGUGUCCCUCCACACCACACGGUGGCACUAACAACUGCAGCACUCUGAUGGAGAACAUUUGUCUGGAGGAGAGGGCACAGAGUUAUGCACGCCCAGAGGAGGGCGCAGAAAGCAACUUCUGACCAACGGGGGGAAGACCAUCCCCGGCCAAUGGAUUGAUUGAUUGGUUGAUUGAUAGAUUGCUAAAGUGUUCGGGUGUAGAAAGAGACAACACACCUACUGGAGGGGACCGUUAAUGCACUGCAGGUCCAGAUCCUAUGGAUUGAUUGAUUGGUUGAUUGAUUGAUUGGUUGAUUGAGUGAUUGGUUUACUGCAGGUCCAGAAGACUUGAUGGUCUGAAAAUAUGAACCAUUUUCCUGUUGGUUUUUCUGUGACCAUAUUCUGACCACACGGGAUUGACCACAUUCUCCACUGUGUUCAGGACCUCAAGGAAAUCUCAGUUGACGAGGACUACUGCUAAAGGAAAACUAGCAGGCCUGCUAGCUGUGUCCAUGUGUACGACCGCUAACCAAACGCAACCCUCGCUCAACAACUCCCUGGCUGUGCUCCGAUUCUCCUCCCUUUUCUAGAAGUGUGCACUAGCACCCCCGUCAAUCAUUUAAAACAUAGGAUUGGUGUAGCUUCACAUUGGCUGGAGGUAAUUACCCACCAUUUUCAAAAUCAUGUGUUCUUGUUCUCUACUGCUACUGAGAGCUUCACUUGUCCUCUAUGUCUUUGUGAGUGUGGCCCAAAUGGAGUGCACUACUUUAGACCAGAACCCUAUUCCCUAUAUAGUGCACUACUUUAUACCAGAACCCUAUUGUAUGUAGUACACUACUUUAGACCAGAGCCCUAUUCCCUAUAUAGUGCACUACUUUAGACCAGAACCCUAUUCCCUAUAUAAGUGCACUACUUUUGACCAGAGCCCUGUAUAGUGCAUAGAGUGCCAUUUGAAAGCUCAGCGCUGUGGUACUGUAUGACCCUCAGCAGCCACCGUACUUCACUGUUGGCCAGCACAGUUUAGUUUAGUUCAGCAUGUUCCUACCAAAACACCCAUGGAGAAGUCUUGUUGAUAACAUCUUGCAUAACUAAACCAUUCAUAUUAUAGAUCUAAUCGGGGUCAAAAUAAGUGACAUUUACACAGAUUUACACACACACGCACGCGCGCACACGCACACGCACACACGCACACGCGCACACACACACACGUUCCUCCCAGAGCGUUCUACCUCUGCCCUCUCAGGCCAGGACAGGACUAGAUCAGAACACCCCAGAGAACAGACUCAGCUGUGGAACAACGGGACAUUCCAGAUUGUUGCCAGGUCUGUCUGGCAUUCUGACAGACAAUUCUGGAACCCCCGAGGAUUAUGGGACUGUGGAGGACUGGACCUCUCGCCGUCCUUCUGAGAGGAUUAUGGGUCGUUUGUUUGGGUGCAAUUUUUUUUGGAGGGAAUAUUGAGUUUCACCAUGAACUGUUGGCCCCAUUUGAGUGGACAGACAGAGAAACAGACAGACUCACAGACAGACUGUAUAAAAUGUAAGUUAUUCAAGUUCUAUAAGGACAGCCAACCUACCGACCACCAAUCAGACAUAAGGAUGCAUCAUACCAGCUCUUACCUCCAGGGGGACUAUAAGGGAUGGGGUAACCCCACUCCCCCCUCCAUGCACCCCUCCCCCCUUUGCCCUCUUCCUCAUUUCGUUGACCCGACAUAUUCUGUCAGAAUGUCUGUAUCGUUGUGGACUAGCGCUAUGGACUAAUGGAGACAUUACAAUGUGUGUACAUAUAGAUGGUGAAGAUACAAGGUUUUCUGUUUUUGUGGAUGUUUUAUUCUGUGACCUCACCGUGCAGGAAAACCUCUAGAUCGUAGGUCCUGGAGAAACUCAUAUGCUUGUGAUCUAUCCCAGCGUUUCUCAGACUAAUCAGAGCUUGAUGAUGCAAAAGGCUAAUACCCAAUAGGCUGAUCUGUCCUCACUGAACCCACGUACAGUGCGUGAGGUCUAGGGCGUCAUCAUGAGAAGGGCCCAGAGGAUUUCCUGACGACGUUAACUAACCAGGAACGACUCUGCAAUCCCAUUGUUAUUAACUAACACCAGCUAAAGGCCUGGGCCUGUAUUAACGAAGCAUCUCCUGAGUGGCGCAGUGGUCUAAGGCACUGUAUCUCAGUGCUAGACGCAUCACUACAGACACUCUGGUUUGAAUCCAGGCUGUAUCACAACUGGCUGUGAUUGGGAGUCCCAUAGGGCGGCACACAAUUGGCUCAGCGUCGUCCCAGUUUGGCCUGUGGUAGGCCGUCAUUGUAAUUAAGAAUAUGUUCUUAACUGACUUGCCUAGUUGAAUAAAGGUUUAAUUUCAGAGUAUGAAUGCUGAUCUAGGAUCAGGUCCUCCCUGUCCAUGUAAUCUUAUUUGUUAUGUUCUGAAAGGCAAACCUGAUUCUAGAUCAGCACUCCUGCUCCUAUUCUUAGAGGUAUUGUGAAUACGGGCCCUGGAUAGGUCCCAUGGGCAGGGUAAACUCCUGUCUCUAGCCUACUCAUGACGUGAUAUCUCCAUCAUCUGUAGAAUGUACAUACCAAGUUCUAAAACAGAGAAGAACAGGAAUGAAGUAUGUUGUUCUGUGUUCCGUUAAAAGUCAACAUGAUUUGAAAGAUUCUACUGAUUAAAAGAGAUGACCAACAAGA